AUGAAGCUUUCCCUCACGACCACUUUCGCAGCAGGUCUCGGGACGAUUGCAGUUGAUGUGUCGGAGACAUUGGUGAUUUCUCGAGGGUCGCCGCGCUCGACUGCCGCAAUGCACCCGUGCUUCUCCCUGACCCUUGUCAACGACCGGGACGACCUGUUCUCCAUGCAUUUACACGGCAUCAACCAAGUCGGCAGCCCUUCUCCGACGGUACCUCCGAUAUCACGACAACGCCCAUGCCCCCCCUACUCCACGGCCACGCACUCUUCUAUCAUGACGGACUACGGCGCGUUCUUCUACCACUCGCACAUCAAGCUCCUGGAUUUGCAUUUUGUGUACGGCGCCCUCGUCGUCAAGGCCCCAUCCGCCACAGACCCAUACGCGGCGUACGAAGACCGCGUGCUCAUGCUGUCGGACUACUGGGCGUCCGACCUGGAAACGCUUCAUGCUGGCCUUGUGGACAUCGAAGACACAUACGUGACCCCCAAGGAGCCUGACUACAUCAAAGUGCUACCUGGCCAGCGCCUGUCGUUCGUCGUCACGGCCGAUCAUCCCGUGGACAACUACUUCUGGUGCAAACCACCGGCAAAUGGCGGGUCAGUCCCCCCACCAACUGCUUCUCCGUUCUUGCACUACACGGAUGCACCUCCUCCGUCCACAACGCCAUCGCUGAUGCUGCUGCCCCCGAUCCCCGAGACGGUGGGGGGGCAGUUUCCCCACUCGAUCUGUCCGUCGUUUCCUCCGCGGCUGCUGCGCCCCUCGUGCUCAACGAAACCCAAGUCGCGUGGCGGGUCAACGGUACCCAGCGGCGCACCGUGUGGUCGCGCCCCGUCGGCGCUCGGCCCAUUCACCACCGGCCAAGUCGUGGGCAUCGUGCUGCAAAACAACGUCGCGCUCAACCGCGUCUUUUGGGUGGUCAACAGCGGCGCGGGUGAUUUCGACGCUUCAUCGUCGGCAGCAGCCUCUGACGACCGCACCCGCGCCGUCAAGCGCGACGUGGAGUCAGUGUACCCUCACCAUAGCGCGUACAACCAACCGCCAGCGACUCCUGCGUCGGGCUGCGGUUGGGCCAAAAUUCUAUUCGUGGCCAAUAACGUCGGGGCGUUGGCGUUGCACUGGCACAUUGCCUCACACUUUGCCAUGGGGAUGGCGGCGUCGUUGUCGUUGGGGGGGACUCCCUCCAUGACCCUUCUUUUGUCGAACACUUGCGAUGCCAGUCGGCUGUGGAAAAAUGUCCCCAUGCUAAUAUGGUUGCCAGCCUCGACAUCAUAGU